CAGGGCUCUCUCGGGGGCUAUGUGGGUGGCGGCCCGCGGGCUGUGGGGAUACCCUGCGGGGCUCUGGACGGUAUUCGGCGGCCGCAAGGCGGGGCUUCUUCCUGGCGGUGUCCGAGACCUGCAUGGCUCCCCGGUCUCCUGUGGCAAGAACCUGCUCAAGAAAUUUGCCUCGAAAACCAAAAAGAAGUUUUGGUAUGAAGGCCCUUCCCUGGGCUCUCACUUGACUUACAAGCCAUCCAAGUUGGAACUCCUAACAAAGAGCACCUCAAAGAAAACCAGGAAGGAAGACCACGUGCGCCUGAGGGCCCUGAAUGGCCUCCUCUACAAAGCGCUCAGCGAUUUGCUGUGCAGCCCCGAAGUGAGCCAAGAGAUCUACGACCUGAAUGUGGAGCUGUCCAAGGUGUCUUUGACCUCAGACUUCUCUGCCUGCCGUGUGUACUGGAGGACGACUGGCUCUGCUGAGCAGAAUGCACACACCCAGGACACCCUCAAGCGAUUCUCAGCACAUAUGAGGCAUCUUUUGCUGUCCCAGCAGACUCUGAAGAACAUGCCACCAAUUGUGUUUGUUCAGGACAAACAGCAUGCAGCUCUAGCUGAGGUGGAUCGGUUACUGGCAGUUGCUGAUUUUGGACCCCCUGAUGAACAAGAAGACCUCACACAAAGUGACUUCAGGGACCCUGAGGCCCCAGAUGCUCCAUCGCCAUGUGACGCCCUGGGCCCUGCUGUGCACUCGAGUCUGUAUGGGAUUGAUCAUGAGGCUCUCAACAAGCAGAUCAUGGAGUACAAGAAGAGGAAAGAGAAAGGACACAGGGGCGAGGGCCCAGCAUGGCUGGGGCCAGAGCAGGUGGCUGAGCUGACAAGGCAAAUGACAAGGAGGAAGAAGGGCAAACCUCGUGUGGACGAUGAUCUCUCCCCCAAGAACUAUCCAUGGGGGUUGGUGAGUGAAGACGACCUGGACGAUGAUGGGGGCCUUCAGGAGGAGUUCACCCCAGUACAGGAGUGGGAGCUCCGAGAAGCAGAGCAGGAACUGAAGGCAGAGAGAGGAGGUGACAGAAAGGACUGAGGUGACUGUUAAUGAUCACAAAGUGUGUGGGUGUGAGGCUUCAACUCUGCAUCUGAUGGAAAUUCUGCUUUGAGAAGCAGUCAUUUCUAGUUUUUCACAGGAAAGCCUUUGUAGGAUGUGCAGCUGAGUUACACCAGUUAUCUCUCUCAGCCCUGCUAUUACUGGUACUGUGGAAAGUAAGAUGGUCUGUGGAAAGUGCAUAAAAACCUUUUAGAUUGAUGACAA